AAAACAAACCGUAUGAUUUUGAUUUCAAAAUAUUUUUAGUAAAAUCAAAACAUUAGCUCCGCUGCAAAUUAAUGUUGUUGCAUUAUGGGAUGGUAAUGGUGGGCGCGUGAUUUUGAACAAACACAGAAUGCCUGCACAAGAUUUAGGCAUUAAAGAUGACAAAGUUCGAGUGAUAGCCAUAGACUCAGUUACUGGACAAGUUAUAAACAGUAGUGUUCAGUAUACACAGUCAGACAGUUCUUCAACUGGUGAUUCUGUAGACGGAAGUCUGCCUAUAGAGACACUGACAUCAAGUGGGAAGGAAUAUAACACAUUUCAGUCUUUAACACUGGAUAACAGUGAGGGGACGGCCAUCUUAAAUGAUGGCAAUGUUUAUGCAUCGGCUGGAUUUUCCAGUGCAAAUAAUUCAGUGUCAGCCUUAGGUGAUAAUACAGGGAAUUUAUCUUUUCUUGCACAAGCUGGGAGCCAGUUUUCAUCUGGUGGAGCUGUGACAGUACCUCAAGUGAUAAUUGUUGAUUCAAAGGAUGGGUCAAGUCUGCUAGGCAAAAGACCUGGUGAAAGCUUAUCUCAGAACUCACUUGUUAAUAAAAUAAUCAUUACAAAAAAUACCAACACUAGUCAGUCUCAGGCAGUUCCCUUGCAGGUACAGACACUUCCUGUUUCUCAAGCAACUGGUACCCAGCCAGGGACAAGUGACUCAUUGCAGGAACCAAAGACUCCAACAAAAACUAUCACAAUCUCUCAACAAGGGAUAAUCUCUCCAGCUAAAGGGAUUACUAUGGCCCAGGUGGCUGGCACUCCACCGAAAUUACCAAUUAAUAAACUGCCAAUCUCACCCGCAAAAACUCCAACCAAAAUAACAAUGAUACCAGUGUCAGUGGCUGGUAGGUCACCACAGAGAAUAGCCCCAGCAGGAAUGGGACAUACAUUAUUAAGCAAUUCAAACACAUCAAGUGUGCAAGCAACUAUUACAAUGUCUCCAUCUAAAGUGAUGAAACAGCCAGGAACAGUUCAUGUGAUACAGAAACCCCUCCAACCCUCAUUAAGCAAUGCAACUGUACUUACUGUGCCGAGAACGGGGACGUCUACCACCCAGGCUGUGAGACAAGUGUUGCCGGCCAAUCUCCAGCAAAUCCAUGUACCAGGAAAUAAGUUCCAUUACAUCAGACUGGCAAACCCUCCAAGUUCUACAGGUGCAAGGGCACAGUUGAUUCCAGUCUCAGUUCCUUCAACCAUGGUUGCUGCAGGGCAAGCUGGACAACCAAUGAAAAUAACUAUACCAGCACAGUCAGCCAAUCAGAUUGUUGCAUCACGGCCCAGUGGUACCACUGUACAGAGGAUCAUACUGCCCGCAGGGCCAAACCAGGUCGCAAUACGACCUGCACCUCCAGCAAGUGUGGCAUCUGGUGCACAGAUUAUACGGGCAACCCUUCCUGCAGGUGCGGGAACCUUGGCUCAGAUAGCGCCCGGUGGAACUACCUUCCUGUCAACCGGACCUAGUAAUACUCCUGGUGUACAGGGAUUUGCUUUGGUGCCGGCUUCCUAUUUGUCACAGAUUCAGCAGCAAAUACAGGCAAAACCAGCAGCAACCACUGCCAGCAGCGGUACCAUGACAGAAACAUCGAGUAAACAAGCACGUGCUGCUGACUAUGUUCCUAUUGCCAGUAAUAACCCAGCUCUUAGUGCUAAUACACAAAAUAAAAAUGUUAAUGGGGCAUCUCUUGAUGGUAGUGGUGGUGCUAGACAGAGAAAACCUUGUAAUUGUACCAAGUCUCAGUGCUUAAAACUAUACUGUGAUUGUUUUGCCAAUGGUGAAUUUUGCCACAGCUGCAACUGUACGAAUUGUGCCAAUAACCUGGAACAUGAAGAAGAUAGGUCAAGGGCCAUUAAAUCUUGUCUCGAUAGAAACCCAUUAGCAUUCCAUCCAAAAAUUGGUAAAGGAAAAACUGGUGAAAAAGACAGAAGGCAUAAUAAAGGGUGUAACUGUAAAAGAUCAGGUUGUCUUAAAAACUACUGUGAAUGUUACGAGGCAAAGAUUAUGUGCAGUUCAUCAUGUAAAUGUAUUGGUUGUAAAAACUUUGAAGAGAGUCCAGAGCGUAAAACCUUGAUGCAUCUGGCAGACGCUGCUGAGGUACGGGUACAACAACAAACGGCUGCAAAAACCAAACUUUCUUCACAAAUAUCAGACCUUCCCUCUAGACCCAUAUCAUCAGUUACUGGAGAAAGGCUUCCGUUCUCGUUUGUAACCUCGGAGGUGGUUGAAGCAACAUGUGCAUGUUUAUUAGCACAGGCAGAGGAGGCAGACAGACAAAAAAUGCCUCCUGUUGUCCAGGAAAGAAUGGUGAUAGAAGAGUUUGGUAGAUGUUUAAUGCAAAUUAUAGAAUCUGCAAACAGAACAAAAGCGCCAGAUCCUGAUGACACUGGGUGAUAUUAGAACAUUAUCAGUUAGUGCAUUGUAGAUCUCUCUAGGCAGCUCUCCAAGGAUAUGACACAACCCCUCAUUUUAGGAAGCUAUGAAAGAAGUGAUGCAGCUUUUCAUCUACACAGUCACAUCAGCAAGGAAAUAUGUGCCUGCUUAGCUGCAAGUACACAUGCUUGGCAUCUGGAAGAUAAUACAGUCCUGCAUCUAUACAUACACAUUCACAAGGAGAUAUUACAACCUCUCAUUGCCUCAACUACCAUACUGCCAUCUGUGAGACCGUACCGACUCAUCCGUGAAUAAACACCAUUGUCUUGUCCAUACACACAGCAGCUAGAACAUAUUUUAGCCUUAUCUGUAUAUAUGCUGAAUUAAUUUCUUAGAAUUGAUCACAAAUGACUAUCGGUUCAUCAAGAAGUCUCAGUAGAAAUCAAUAUUUGUAGGGAUAUAUGUUGAUUUUGUCUUGUCCAUCUGUCAUAAAAGUUUGUCUAAAAGCAACAACUUAUACCAUGAAAUGUCUUUAUGAUAUAGCUGGAUAUUACAUAUCAACUUGUGUUUCUGUUUAAAUGAAGCAGUAUGGGGAGACCUUUGUUUUUAAAGCAAUCUCUAGUUUAAUUUUGUGAUGUGAUAAACAACAACCACUUUCAUGGUGCUAAAAACUGGAAUUUGUAGCUAUUUUGCUCUUGUAGAAAUAACACUUCUUAAUAUUUACGACUGUUUUGAACUUUCAAGUUGCUCUGUUUGCAAAACCUUUGCAAAUAUCCUUCUACAGUAAAGGUUAGUGUAUUUAGAUUUGUAGAAAUUUUGAACUUUAAAUCAAAAAGGUACUAGCUUACUGUGGGAAAUGGUAGGUUUAGGUUUAACUGCAGGAUUAGUUUUCAGAAUUUGUUAAGAUGUUAAAUUUUGGUAUUACUCCAGCGCCAGAUAAUUUACUGUUAUUGAAACAUGGUUUUUACUAAAUGAUGGAUUUCAUAAAGUACAAGGUCAUAUAGACAGUAAAAUCAGUUACAGUAUUGUAACUUUCUCCCAGCAGGCUUCUUCUAAAAGUGAAAUUUUUCACAUAUAAAGGCUGAUAAAAAUAUAUGUUGACAAGGAUUAAGGUCCCAAGGUUAAUAAACUUGAUUUUUGGAACCUGUCUCAAAUCUCAGGCAGCUGAUUGGUAGUUUCUGAAUGCAAUCUUACAAUUGACCAUUGCUAAGGUAGUAUUUUCAGACUGGUCUACAAACUCAAUUUCCCUACCUUGGAGUCAGAAUUUUGAGCACCCAGCAUAAUACCAUUACAGUGAUAGCUCUAGUUAAUGUUCUGUGUGUAGAUGAUACCAGGUGUAUUCAGAACAUUCUAUUUAUAUCUAUGAUCUUUUUUUUUUUUACCUGCAUUUGAGGUCUAGCUUGAAGUAUGUUAUUUAAUUUCAUAGAUAUUUACCAGAAUCAGACGUGUGGAGGUAAAAGGGUAAUCUGCUAAAAAAGUUUUACAUUUUAAAAGAGCUGUUUACAUGAUAUAAGAAGAAUAUAGCUGUAAGUCAUUGAACAGAUGUUUUGUUUUUGCUUUCUAAAAAGUGCUUAUAGUAAAUAUAAUUCUCUUGUUAAUUUUUUUUUUUUUUUCAAAGUACAGAGUGAAUUUGUUUUGUUAUUUAUAUAUAAUUGUUGUUAUGUCACUGUUGUUUGAAACCACUGUUUCACAUUUACAGUGCUUGGAGAGUGGUACAGUGGUUGCAAAUCACAGGUACGUUAGGUAAAAGCUUGUUAAACCACACAUUUGCUCAGUAUUGUAGAUCAGUUAUAUGUGAUUGUACAUGCAAGUCCUUCCUCCUUUCCUUUCUUUAAAUCCUCUAUUCAUUCUCUCAUAAUUGUGUUUCUUUUCUUUGGUUAAGGGCAAAAUGGGAAGAAAGAAAAAGUGUUUACCUUGUACAGAACAUCUUGAAAUGAGAAAGUGGUCUAAUUGUUUCGGUUCCCGCUGCACAACCUGAAGGUUUUAGGCUUCCCACUGGUUACAUGGAGGCACCAUAUAAUGAAACUAGCAUUGUUUUUCCAGACAGCAGGCUUUCAAGGGAUUCAGAUUUUUUUACACUCGAAUAUUUAUGAACUUUAAACAUACGCAAUAGAAGUAUAUCGGUGUUUAGGAAGUUGGAUAGUAACCAGGUAGAUACAGUAAAUCACCACUUGUUCUAGCAUCUGUAGCUUCAGCUCCUUGGCUCACUAUAGCUAUUAAUUUGGAUUCUGGCUGGUUUUCAGAUUAUACCCUUGGAAAGGACAUAUUGUGUUGUGACGCCGGUGUCCGUCUGUCCAUCCGUCUGUUAGCACUUUUGUGUCCGCUCUGUAACUCUUGAACCCCUUCAAUGAUUUCGAAGAAACUUAACAUUGAUGUUCACCACAUCAAGAUGAUACGCAGAGCGCAAUUUUUGGAUGGCUCGCUUCAAGGUCAAGGUCACACUUAGUGGUCAAAGGUCAUAUGACUUUGUUUCGUGUCUUCUCUGUAAUAGCUCUUGAACUGCUUGAAGGAUUUUAUAGAAACUUGGCACAAAUGUUCACCACAUUGAGACGACGUGCAGAGCACAUGUUUCGGAUGCCUCCCUACAAGGUCAAGGUCACACUUAGGUGUCAAAGGUCAUACUUCUGGCAUAUAUUGCUCCGCAUAUCGGUGCUCUUAUAUAUUCAAAGUUUGAAUCACUUGAAACCCUGGAUUACUUGACUGUUUUUGCUCAUUCCUUCCCAACCUUGAGCGUUUGUUGUUUAGUUGUAAAAUGAAUGUUUUAAAUUGUUAUACUGGCAACAUCAUACCGUGUUAUUACAAUACAGUAUAAUCAGAUUAAGGUAAUAUAUAGUCUCUAUUUAAACAGAUAUAACAUCGCUAUUUUGAAUUAGUUAUAUGAUUGUUAAUGCUGCGAAAACUUAAAAAAGGGUGAAUGUUCAGCAGACAAUAUAAUGAAAUCCCUCUGUGCUCUGAAGUACUGUUGAGUUGGGAUCUAAGAGCCCCACUUUUACUUGCAUUUUGUGCAAGAUAUUUGUCAGGCAGUUGUUAAAACAUAGUUUGCAAAUAAGACAGAGUUACUAGCUAUAGAAAUAGUUAUUGAUCUCAACAUAUCACAUACAAUUAAAGCAUUUUGUUGUUUAUUGUUCCUUAAAAAACUGUAUUAGGGCCUUAUUGUUUUUUUUUUCCCUUGUCCAAUUUUGAAAACUUUUGUUCUUCAAUAAUUUUAAGUUUUGUAUGUCUGGCUUGGUGCAUUGUAUCCUCAGAUGUGCAGUUUGUGCCUGUUAUUGUUAACCAUUCACAAGUUAUUGUUUCACGUUGUAGAUGAAACGGCUAGUUCACAUUUUCAUGUAUCUGAAAGUGCAGGUUUUCACAUUUUCACAUACAUUUUGUGAAAGAUCAUUUUCUCAUCAAAAGGCAGCGUUUCACAUGCGAAUUGUAAAAAUGCAAACUUUCAUGUUUUACGUUAGUAUGUGGAAUGCAUAAAGUUCAUAUCUGUGUAUUAGAUGGUAAGUUUCACAUGUGUCUGUGCAAGCUUCACAAUUUCACAGGUUUUCAGAUUUUUAUGCAUGUUUUUAUCCAUGUUGUUAUGAAUGAAUGAUAAUGUGCAAUAAAUACAGAAUGUAGUUUGUGUAAUUAAAUGUAGAUAGGCCAGACAUUGUUACUUGAUGUACUGGAGUCAGUAUUUACCUCUUGCUUACGAUGUAAAUGUUUCUUCCAAGAUUUUUCGGUACAGUAAAUGCAGGGUUUGUGAAUGUGUUAUGCCUGCAUUAUGAACAUAACACCAAAGUUGAUUUAAAUUUGAGAAGUUAUUUGAAAAGCUGCUUCAUGUUGUAUAAAUUUACAUUUUAAUUGGCGAAUUUUGUAGGCACGAAAUAGUGAUUUAGGGCGAAAACAGCGUCUGCCUGAGAACAUAUUAAGUUUGUGAAUUGCAACAUGUUAAAUAAGAUAAUUGCCGCUUGCAAAUUUAUUUCAUUGGUUUUUGAGAAUGGCAUAAUCAUGGAAUUUUGUAAAAUUAAUAUACCAUGAAUAUUAAUGAUUUUACAGUAAUUUAUGGAUUUUGUAAUCAAAUAUGUGUGAAUUAAUUAUUGCAGCUGAUUAAAUGUAAUUUCAAUUGUGUAACUGUUGUUACAUAACUAUAAUUACAAAUAUUUAAAUGUACUAUAUGCAUGAUUGUGGUUGAGCAUGUGUUAAUUUAUGCUGAUAUGCCAAAUAAAACUCAUAAUUAACUGGACAUGUGACAGAAUGUAAGUUUGGAGGUAAAGACUAGCUCACUGUGCAUCACUGAUUUCAUUUUCUCUGAGAUUUUAUCUUACAUCAUGUGCAACUUUCCUUUAUAAAUGUGUACAGUAAUUAAAUAAAUAAUAAAAUUAAAAUAUGGUAUAGAAAUAAAAA